UGUGUGUGUGGGGGGUGUGUGUGUGUGUGUGUGUGUGUGUCAGUGUGUGUGUGUGUGGCGUGUUUUAGUUUCAGGCUGGUGUCGCUGCUGCUGGCGAUGGUGAUGGGGAUUCGCGGACAGGAGCGUGUGGUGGCCCUGGUCGACAUGGACUGUUUCUAUGUCCAAGUGGAGCAGAAGAACAACCCCGAGCUGCGGGGCAAGCCGUGCGCUGUGGUCCAGUACAAGACCUGGCAGGGAGGAGGUAUUAUUGCUGUCAGCUAUGAGGCGCGAGCGUAUGGGGUGACCAGAGGAAUGCGAGGUCAGGAGGGAAAGAAGAGAUGUCCGCAGCUUCAGUUCGCUCAAAUCCCUGAGGCUCGAGGCAAGGCAGAUCUCAGCAAGUACAGAGAAGCCAGUGUACAGGUGCUCUCAGUGAUGUCCCGGUUUGCUGUGAUCGAACGGGCCAGUAUCGACGAGGUCUUUGUCGAUCUGACAGCUGCUGCCCGCCAGCGAUGCCGCACACUGGAGGGCCAGAGGAUUGAUGGCAGGCUCCUGGGAACCACCUUCGUGGAGGGAUUCUCCCCCCACAAUCAGGCAGAACAACUGGGAGACCGAGCUGUACAGAGAGCUGUCGCUCUGGGUCUGACAGAGGAAGCUCGCCGAGCAGGGCUAGACUCCUGGUUGGAGUCCCUGCCCGUCACUAGCCGAGACGGAGAGAGCCCCGAGCUGCUGCUGACAGCGGGGGCACUGAUCAUUGAGGAAAUGCGGGCGGCAGUGCACCAGGAGACUGGGUACACGUGUUCGGCUGGAGUUUCACACAACAAGGUGUUGGCGAAGCUGAGCUGUGGUUUGAACAAACCAAGCCGGCAGACAGUGCUGCCAAUGUGCUCUGUGCCACGACUCUUCGACACGCUGCCCAUUGGCAAAAUCCGCAAUCUGGGUGGGAAGUUGGGAGAGUCGGUGGCUCGUCUCCUGAACAUUGAGUACAUGGGGCAGCUGCGAGCAUUCCCAGAGUCUCAGCUCCACAGCGUGUUCGGGGAGAAAACUGGGAACUGGCUGUUUGACCUGUGCCGGGGAGUGGAGUUCGAACCCGUCAGACCCCGUCACCUCCCCAAAUCCAUCGGCUGCAGCAAGAACUUCCUGGGGACGGAGGCACUGAGCAGUUGUGAGCAGGUGAAACACUGGCUCCUGCAGUUGGCCAUGGAGCUGGAGGAGAGACUGGACAAAGACAAGGAGCAGAACCAGCGGGUGGGAAGGCUGCUGUCUGUGGGAGUGCGGCUGGAGGGCAGUGACAGAAGUAGCAGCUUGUCUCGGUGCUGCGCUCUGUCCCUGUACAGGGCUGGCAGGAUCGCAAAGGAUGCUUUCAGCUUAAUCCAAGGAGUCAACUCAGCAGCAAGGCAUCAGGCAGCAUGGUACCCAGCUGUCACUGGCCUCUCUCUGUCAGUCAGUAAAUUCUCGGGAAUCUCUGUGACCUCGACCAAGCCCAUUAAGCAGUUUCUGAUCUCCGACCGCACGCUGACAGAGACAGAUAGCUCGUUGCUAUCGCUGCACCCAGCAGGCAGCCCCUCCCAAUGUCCACACACUCUCACAGCAGCUUCAAGCAGGCCCAGUCUCCGUAACAUCGCUUCGUACUUCCAGAGGGUGAGGAAGCUUCCAGAAUCUUCCACAAACCCUGACACUGCUUCUCUGCCUGUGAUCCCCUCAGUGAAGGCCCAAGGUCAUCAGGUGACACCUCAGAGAAACUUUCCAUCAAAACCAUCCUUUUUCAAAAGUAGAGUUUUCAAAACCAGCCCUGAUGCCCCGGGAAGCCCCCUUCCCCUCAGUGAUGCCCCAGGAAGCCCCCUUCCCCUCAGUGAUGCCCCGGGAAGCCCCCUUCCCCUCAGUGAUGCCCCGGGAAGCCCCCUUCCCCUCAGUGAUGCCCUGGGAAUACCCCUUACGCUCCCUGAGCCUCUGGGACCUCCUGUGGAGAUUGCCCUGAGCCCACUGUCCGUUGGGUGGCCAUGUGAAAGGCCCCCUUCCCCGGGCUCUCUGCUGCGGUGCCCAAAAUGUGGCGAGUACAAGCUGCCCUGGGAGAUGUCUGAACACGAGGACUUCCACUUUGCCCUUGAGCUGCAGAAGAGCCUGUCUGCAGCUCCCCCAACCCAGUGCACUGCCCAGCCCACCACUACUCCGAAAAACAAAGCUGCCAGGCAGCUUGGCUCCCGAGCUAAAAAACCCCGGCUCACAGUGAGCCUGCUCACCUACUUCCAAAAAUCCCCGCGGCCGUGAACUUGGCUGGGGGCUGAGGGGGAGAGGGACCUCACUGCCUCCUCAUGGACAGAGAGAGUGCUAGCUUUUUAACAGUCUUUUAAAAACUCACGUUUGUAUUUAUCUAUGUAAUAUUAAAUGGAGAUUGCGAAGACAGACUUUAACAAUAUCCCAAAUAUUACUGAGCUGUUUUAUUGGUCCUUCCUUUCUGCUGGGGGUGUGCUGAUUGGGUGUGUGUGUGUCUUGGUCGUAUCUGUCUGUGCCUAUAAAUGUACUGUCUAGUGGAUUACAGGCUCGGCCAGUUCCAAUUAUCCUGCCCUCAUUCCUGUUGAAAAGCUGCUGAGAGCUCAGUGAGAUCCUCCUGCAGGAUGUGUGUGAUUGUGAAGUACACACUGAAACAGAUUUAGCCACAUCCAAGGAGUUAAUAUUGUCAGUGCAGACUUCAUCCUGCAGCACAUCUACUGACUGCGUUACCCGCUGGUCUCGUACCACAGCUGCCAGGCUCGCACAAGAGGAACAAAACAGAAAGCUGAUGUUUCUAUGGGAAUAAUUCCACAUCUUUGAAAUGACCGAGAAAUAUUUGCAUUUCACAAGAUAAAAAGGACACUUCAAUUGUAUAUUUUCAAAAUGUCAGCCUCCAGCUCCUCUCCUCACCAAUGGGUUUUAAUGGCAGGAUAAUUGUUAUUUGCUUUCCUUUACUGGGGCCAGCUUUUUAAUUGCACUCAUUUUAUUUCCUGAUCACCUCUAAAUGAUUAGGUUUCUGACAUUGUCCUUCAGGUCACAUUCAGUGUUCAAGUUUCAAAACUCGAGAUCCUGUUGUGGGUUGUUGGGUUUCACAUAAGCUGCCAAAUGAAUUUCUUUUAAAGUCACAUGUACAUGGAAAAAUACUGUGGGAAAAAUAUUUUAAUGACAUUUUGUAUUACAAAAUGAAUAAAAAGAAAUUAUUUAAAUAGA